AGCAUUAGGUAUCUCAUAUCCUUCCCUAGCAAACUAGCAAUCAUCAACUUCCUCAGUUGUGAUAAAUAGGAUAUCCGUUCCAAUCAUUCGAAAGAAUUAAGAAAGUUACCAAAUACUAAAAGACAUGGACAAAAUGCUAUGCAUGGUCGUCUUUGGUGCUUUACUCGUCGCAAGUUGGGUGCAAGAUGCAACAGCCCAAACGGUGCAUGUGGUCGGGGACAACAUGGGUUGGACCAUACCGAGCAAUGGCGCGGCAGCUUACACAAAUUGGGCUGCUGGGAAAACUUUCAGGGUUGGUGACACUCUAGUUUUCAAUUUUAUGACCAACCAACAUGACGUGCUGCAAGUACAGAAAACUUCGUUCGAUGGGUGCAAUUCGCAGAAUGCCAUAGGCAAUCCCAUAAUGACAGGACCAGCAAAUGUAACUCUUGACUCUGCUGGAGAUCACUAUUUUAUUUGCACUUUUGGCAGACAUUGCCAAAAUGGCCAAAAAUUAGUUAUUACAGUGUCCAGCACCGGUACUCCAGGAGCCAACCCACCUACACCAUUUGCUGCAGGACCUUCAGGAGCCAACUCGCCUAACCCGAGCAAUCCAACCACUCCUACUGUACCUUCUCCAUCCUUUUCCACUCAACCAGAAGCUUGUGCACCUACACCGUCUGCUGCUGGACCUUCAAGUUCCACUCCUGGUGUUAGUGCUCCUCCUCCCGCUUCGUCCUCAACGACCAUAUUGGCCAGUUUUCUGCUCAGUGUGUCUUCAAUUGCCUUGGCCACUUUCCUUUAAAUUGGAUAAAUUGAGGAGGUUGUUGAGCUUUGCAUUUGUUAUGCUACAGUUGAUACUAUGAUACAAAUAACCCUG